GCCGAACAGGGAGGGGAGUCAGUAGUAGACAGGGCACAAAUAAUCCCAAAGAAGUGUAGAGUGAUCGUUACUCCAAAAGAAAGAGUCGCUGGAAGCUGAGACGGGCUCUUGCUGCGCGUCUCAAAACGUGAUCGCUGCUUACGUUUCCUUUUCCCCUAUUUUUUUUUUUUUUAACAUUUAUUAUUUGUACGCAAGUUGUGUUUUAAACGUUUAUCCUAGGCCACUAGGUGACCAAGCAAAGGCUCCCAUAUUUUUUUUGUUUCAAGAGAACGCCCAACUCCCAAAGCUUGCCAUGGGGGCCUCUCUCCUCCAGGCCUACAGGAGGCGCUGGUGGAUGGCCGUGACGGCGGUGAUCGAGAAUCUGCUGUGUUCGGCAGUGCUUCUGGGAUGGGGCUCGCUGCUCAUCAUGCUGAAAAGGGAGGGCUUCUACUCUCACCUGUGCACAGAGAACGAUUCUCUGCCGGUCUCCCUGGGCAAUGACUCGAGCCAGGAGAAGGAGAAGUGGCUGAGCUGCGUGGACCAGGAGGAGAUGCUGAACCUGGGCUUCACCAUCGGCUCCUUCCUGCUCAGCGCCACCACCCUGCCGCUGGGCAUCCUGAUGGACAAGUACGGGCCGCGGCCCAUCCGGCUGGUCGGCAGCUUCUGCUUCGGCCUGUCGUGCGUCAUGAUGUCCGUGUCCGCCUACCACCCGGCAGUGCUCUCGGCGCUCAUCUUCCUGGCACUCUCCUUCAACGGCUUCGGAGGAAUCUGCCUCACCUUCACCUCCCUGACGCUCCCCAACAUGUUCGGCAGCCUGAGCUCCACCAUCAUGUCCCUGAUGAUCGGCUCCUACGCCUCCUCGGCCGUUACCUUCCCCGGAGUCAAGCUCAUCUAUGACGCGGGCGUUUCCUUUAACGUCAUCAUGUGGGUAUGGGCGGGGCUUGCUGCGUUCGUGUUCGGCAACUGCUUCAUCAACUGGCCCAAGGAGGGCUUCCCCACUCCGGACGAGGUGGACUAUAGUAAGAUCCUGGAGGUACAGGAAGGGUCUUCCCCAGAGCAGAUGGCCGUAGGAGAGCGGCUGAGCGACAGGAACGGAGCCGUUCGACGCUCCACCGAGAAGCUGCCCGACGCCACCGUUUCGGCCGUGCCGUUCCGUCGGUCUGUGUUCUCACCCAUCUUCCUGUGGAGUCUGGUGACCAUGGGCAUGUCCCAGCUCAGGAUCAUCUUCUUCAUGGGCGCCAUGAACAAGAUGCUGGAGUACAUGGUCCUGCAGGGAGAAGCCCACCCAUCGGACGCACAGGUGAUUUUAGCCGCGGACAAUGUGAGUUUCUAUUCAUCCAUCUUCGGAACCCUGCAGCUGCUCUGCCUGCUGACCUGCCCUCUGAUUGGCUGCAUCAUGGACUGGAGGAUGAAAGAGUGCGUUGAGGAGAAGUGCCCCGCACUGAGCGAUGAGAAGAAACCUUCCCAGUCGGCCUCCCCCAGGAGAGACAGUAAGAUCCAGAAGGUGACCAACGCCAUGUGGGCCUUCCUCCUCACCAACCUGCUGCUGCUGGCCUUCGGCAUCUGCUGCCUCAUCGACAGCCUGCCGCUACAGGUCCUGACGUUCAUCCUCCACACCAUGGUGCGGGGCUUCAUCCACUCCUGCUGCGGGGGCCUCUACGCUGCUGUCUACCCGUCCAACCACUUCGGCACCCUGACCGGCCUGCAGUCCAUGAUCAGUGCCGUGGUGGCACUGCUUCAGCAGCCUCUGUUCAUCGCCAUGGUCGGCCCGCUCGCUGGAGACCCCUACUGGAUCAACAUGAGCCUGCUGAUCUCCUCCUUCGCGGGCUUCCUGCUGCCGGGCUACCUGUUCUACCACCGGCGCAGCCUGGAGAAGGAGCGCGCCGCCAGGGACAAGAGGCCCGCCAGCCAGGAGACGCAGGCACUCAGCCAACCGGAGGCCAACGGACACAAGAACCAUAGCAACGGCCACACCCCCGUGGAGGCCUAGGACCCUGGGGGGAAGGGGAGUGAGCGAGUGAAUGAUUGAGCGAGUGAAUGGUUGAGCGUGCAAGCCUGUGCGAGUGCGAGCGUGUGUGUGUGUGUGUGUGGGUGUGUGUGUGUGUGUGUGUGUGUGUGUGUGUGUGUGUGUGUGUGUGUGUGUGUGUGUGUGGUGUGUGUGUGUGUGUGUGUGUGUGUGUGUGUGUGUGUGAAUGAGUGCGUGAGUGAGUGAGUGUGGCACCCUCACCCAGUAGGGAUCCCCAGAGGGGGAGGGUUGGGGGCGGGGGUUAAACGUGCCUUGACAUGGGUCCCAAUGACGAACAGCCCCAGUACAAACGCUCCCCUGCUGCUCGCCUGCAGUGCGUCAGGAGAGAGGCGAGCCUGACUCGGCCAGGGGCGUGACACUGUGUCACCUUGUGGUCCCGGUCCGCUUUCCAUUAUUUUCCCGCAAUGCAAUUUCAGUACCGGAGACAAAAUAUGAUAUGUGCUUCCAUGCUCGGGUAUUCAAAUUCCUUUCCUGUUGGUCCAUUCGGUCAACUACAAACAGCUUGUGUGUGUGUGUGGGUGUAUACACAGCUCAAAUGUAGUUGUGUGUGAGUGUGUUACAGAGAAGAUGAUAAGAUAUUUGUUGUCGAAGCUAAAGAUUUCAAUGGACUGUAUUGACAUCUCCCCCUUCAGACAUUGAAUAGAAACCAGUCUAAUCAUUGUUCUGUAUGUUUUUAUUUUCUCGGUUAAGCUCAACGGGCCAUGGGGCAUUCUAAAGUCAAAAGCCAUAUGUUUUGCUGAUAAAGUGGAUGCAGAUUGUGUGUAAUGGUACUUGAAAGACAUUUCAUACGGUACACAAUUGCAAUCCUUGCCUAUACCAAAGAACAGCAACAACUCUUUGAGAUGUUGCAGAAGUGCUCUUACUGUAGUGAACGAUACAGACUCCUGGUGCUGCCGCUGACGUGUUUAACCACAGGACGCAGAACACAACCCUCUGCCUCUUUCUGUUACUGAGCAUCCAACAUAUAAUCCCUUCAUCCCUUCACCCUUUUUACUUCAGCAUUCCCUCUGCAUGUUCACAGGCAGAGGGACAUCUAAACGUAUCCACACACAUAUGCACACGAUAGGCUGGUGGUACACCAUAACUACCUCUCCUUCCGUCUUGCUGUUACCAGCUUCCAUAUCUGUCCAUUUCUGCCACCAAGGAAGGAAGGAAGGACCCUGUAAUCAACCUUCACAUUUGCUGUUUUUAUAUGUAGGAACGCAUUUUUUUUUGUGAAAGAAGCAGAUGACUGAAAUUGAAAUCUUGUCAUGGUUGUUGAACACUUGCUUACUGCUUUACACACACAGAUGAAAUAGUGUGUAUAAACGUAUUUGGGUGUGUUUUUAUACAUUUAGUGGCGGUAGUGAUGAAAAGGGAAGUGU